AUGCUUGGUAGUCGAAGCACCAGGGUCGUGAUUGUCAUCACCGUUAACUUGGCCAUCAAUAUCGUCGUCCUCAUCUUCGGUCUCAACUUAGGCUGCCCUGUCAGCUCCAUAUGGCGCUACAAAAGGUGCCGUGCGAAACAUGACACACACACUAGCUAUGGAGCGGCAGCAAUAUGCCUGUCAAACCUCAAGACAGCUGAGAAGGGAGGCUACAGAGUCGUUGCGCCGAUAGCCUAUAAUAUUGAACAUAUCAUAGCUUUUGAUGGAUAUGUCGUCGAAAUUAUUCCUCAAAAGAGAGAUCGGUACGAGAAGAGCGUCAGUGCUGAGUGUCACAGGCGAAGCCGCCUUGAAAAACUUUGGACAUAG